UUCGAAACAUACAUCGAUAUUUCGCAGCUUUCGCUUAUUGGUCACACUGGGGCUUAUGAUUAAAAAAAACUGAACUGACUCCAAUAAAAACGUGAGCCGUCUAGCCCAGCAGCUCUCUUCCCCCCACAAUAAACACACACAAGCUGCUUUUGGAGCCAAUCAUCACCCGCAACCGAUAGCCACACGAAACCAUCAGGAUGUUCAUCUGGGACUGGUUCACCGGAGUGCUGGGAUACCUGGGUCUGUGGAAAAAGUCUGGCAAAUUAUUGUUCCUGGGCCUGGAUAAUGCUGGCAAAACCACACUCUUGCAUAUGCUCAAAGAUGAUAAGCUGGCGCAGCAUGUGCCCACACUGCAUCCAACAUCCGAGGAGCUGUCCAUCGGCAACAUGCGCUUCACUACAUUCGACUUGGGUGGCCACACUCAGGCACGACGCGUCUGGAAGGACUACUUCCCUGCUGUGGAUGCCAUCGUUUUCUUAAUAGACGCCUGGGACCGCGGUCGCUUCCAGGAGAGCAAAAACGAGCUGGAUUCGCUGCUCACGGAUGAGGCGCUGUCCAACUGCCCCGUGCUCAUACUGGGCAACAAAAUCGAUAAGCCCGGCGCGGCCAGCGAGGAUGAGCUGAGAAACGUGUUCGGACUGUAUCAGCUAACAACCGGCAAGGGCAAAGUUGCACGCGCCGAUUUGCCCGGCCGUCCUCUGGAAUUGUUCAUGUGCUCCGUGCUGAAGCGACAGGGCUACGGCGAGGGUUUCCGUUGGCUGGCGCAGUAUAUCGAUUAAGUCAGCAUUAGCAACCACCACCAGCACCAUAUUUCAAGAACACCACUCAACACUCAAACCGAAAACUUGGCUACAAAAUUUCCAAAAAGAUUCGAGACCGCAGAAACAACAGAACCUAAGGGAUGUGAACCCAGCCCAAUCCGCCAGACCUUAAGCAAAACGAAGCUGCGUGCGCAAUUUCUAAUUUAUACAAAACAAUUACAAAUAUUUCAUAAUAAUAAUAAAAACCAGAAAACCAUAAAAUGUACAUCUGUAACACACAAACAAUCGCGGGAAAAACAGAACACAACAUCAAAGUGCAGACAACUUUUCUAUCUGGAACAUCGGGAUAAGUUAUAAGGAGCUGAAGGAUGCGAGGAGUGCGCAAGGGAAACUUUUAAUAAUAAUUAUGAGUAACAAAUUAUAGCAAAUUAAAGGUGAUGUGCUUUCAACGACGCUGUUCCGCCAAUAAACUGUAGCCACCUACCUUUAUUUCAAGUUUAUCAAUUGUAAAUGUCGCUAUUGAUUUCCUUCAUAGUUUACUUUGGCCGCAAAACAUUAUGUACACCCCUCCUAUAGGGAUUCGACCUCCGAUAAUGGUACACCUUAGUUUAGCUAAAAUUUUAAGUUGCAUGUCAUCGAUGUACUUUGUUUCUUUUAUACAAUACGAAAGGGAAAGCAAUUUAUAUAAAAUCGCAUUUUUGUUUGCAGAAAGAAUUCUAAAUAAAACGGAGAAAAGUAAUUUUGUAAAAUA